UAGUUCAUGAACAUUGAGGAGAGACCGAGGAACUUGGUCCCCAAGGUGUGAGGAGACGAUCAUUUAUAAGGCUGUUCCCGAUUCACUCUCUCCUUUUGCUUUGUUAUUAGGGUUUUGACGCAAUUUAGAUUGUUUCGGAACUUUUGAAUGGAUUCAAAUCAUUUGGGGCCUGCUCAAGGUGGAGAAUCCGGAGUCGAUGCUGGGGAUUGGAGGUCUCAAUUGCAGCCGGAUUCUCGGCAUCAAAUUGUCGACAGAAUAAUGGAGACAUUGAAGAGGAUCCUUCCUGUUUCUGGUCCUGAGGGAUUGAGUGAGCUGAGGAAAAUUGCUGUAAGGUUCGAGGAAAAGAUUUAUACUGCCUCUACUAGUGAGAGUACCGAAGGAAAAUACAUGUGAAGAUGCUUACUUUGGAACCCAACUCUGAGACGACCACUGCAUUACCAUCAAUGCCUGUGCCUAUGGCUUCCAAUCAACCUUAGAAACGCCUGCAAUUACUCUCCCACAACAUCCAAAAUAACACUGCUUCUUCUAAUGUAUUUACCAACUCUCAGAGGCCAAUAUACUUUAUUGGCUAAUAAGGUGAACGAGUCUACUAUUUGAACGCAUUAAUGUUGGAAUGAGAUAUUGUAUGAUAAUUGAAAUCGUUUUGAAUCUUGAAUGUUCUAUGAUAUUGUUUUGAAUGAAAUAUUGUAUGAUAAUUGAAACU